AUGCCGUCUCGUGUUGAGGACUACGAGGUGUUGUACACCAUAGGAUCCGGCUCCUAUGGACGAUGCCAGAAAAUAAGAAGAAAAAGUGACGACAAAAUUCUGGUGUGGAAGGAACUGGACUAUGGUACCAUGGCGGAGAGCGAGAAGCAGAUGCUGGUGUCAGAGGUCAACCUGCUGAGGGAGCUCAAACACCCGAACAUUGUGAGGUACUACGACCGCAUCAUAGACCGCACCAACGCCACGCUCUACAUCGUCAUGGAGUUCUGUGAAGGAGGGGACCUGUCCUGCCUCAUCAACCGGUGCAUCAAGGAGAGGCGUUAUUUGGAGGAGCGGUUCAUCCUGCGGGUGAUGGCGCAGCUCACCUUGGCCCUGAAGGAGUGUCACAGGCGAAGCGACGGCAGGGCCACGGUCCUUCACCGGGACCUGAAACCGGCCAACAUCUUCCUCGACGUCAAGCAGAACGUGAAGCUCGGAGACUUCGGCCUGGCCCGGAUUCUGAACCACGACACCAGCUUUGCAAAGACGUUUGUUGGGACGCCGUACUACAUGUCUCCUGAACAAAUCAACAGGAUGUCGUACAACGAAAAGUCCGAUAUUUGGUCCCUGGGAUGUUUGCUUUAUGAACUUUGUGCUUUAUCGCCUCCGUUCACUGCGUACAACCAGAAAGAGUUGGCAGAGAAGAUCAGAGAGGGGAGGUUCAGGAGGAUCCCAUACCGCUACUCUGAGGAACUGAACUCUCUGCUCAGCAAAAUGCUCAACCUGAAGGACUACCUGAGGCCUUCCGUGGAGUCCAUCCUCCAGAGCAGCCUGUUGAGCGACAUGGUCGCCGAGGAGCAAAGGAGGGCACAGGUGCGUGCCCAGAGGAGGUCUCCGGACUCUGACUGUCCCCCACACAAGUCGCCCGAACCGUCUCCCCCAGGUGCAGAGCUCAGACUCAGAGAGCAGGUGCUGCGGGACAGAGAGCAGGCCCUGAAGGACCGAGAGCAGAGACUGGAGAGGCGAGAGCAGGAGCUGUGUGCUCGUGAGCGACUGGCCAACGAGAAGCUUGCACGCGCAGAGAGUUUGCUGAAGAAGUACAGCCGUCUGCAGCAGCAGAAGGACCUGGCACAGAUCUAUGGCGCAGACAUAGACUUGGAGAAUCUGUCACCUGGAAAGAAGAAGGUCCACUUCGCCAGUGAAAGCAAAGAGAACCUGCAGCUGUACGGUCAGCAGAGCGACACGUCACAGGAGCUCAUCUUGAGGAGACUCCAGGCUGCCAACCUGCGCGCCAAAAAACUGAAUGAAAUGGAGAAGAUGUGCCAGUUCAAAAGCAAACAGAUCCUCGGCAUCCGUUGA